CAAAAUAAGUUUACAGUACGUCAGUCACAAAUUACCAAAAUUGUUGUUGUUUUUCAUUGUUGGCAGUUUAUCUGAACCGAAAAUGACAUUUUGGUAAUUUCGGCUGUCUAUAGGCAGAAAUUGAAGGCGUAUAAUGAUGCUGAGAAAAGAGAGGUGUAUACAUGUAUGAAGUGUCGAUGAGAAUUCUUCAUAAAUGUGAUUUAUCAUCAAAAUUAGAAUUUUGAAUGAACGAUUCUGCCAGAAUUCUUACAUUUGCACUUGGCAUUAUUUUAAAAAAAGAGCCCUGCAACCUGUAUAUUAAUAAUUUAAUCUGGAGUAUUUGAGCAAGUCUGAAAAAAAAAUCACCAGUGAAGGGCUUCAGCAGCUGGCUUGUGCCAAUUUCGACUACUAUUAUGGAAAUAUGCUUUGGUUUUUUAUAUGAAAUGUAGAUGAAAAUUCUUUCUAGAUGUGAUCCAAGUGUUGAACUUUAAAAGAGUCGGCAGAAUGAAACUCUUGAGGAUGAUUUUCAAGAUUGACAUACUUCCACGAACAGCGCAGAGGUUAUUCUGUCAAAGAAGAUGUACACUUACCAGGGCAUUAGUGAUAGUUAUUCUCACAGUCCUUGUAGUGUUCGGAAUUCUCAACUAUCGGAAUGGGCAUGUGAUCAGAAAUGUUGACAGAGUAACGAGGCACCCCCCUCCAACACCUUACACGACAUGUAACUCACUCCAUAAUCGCCCGCUGUCAAAUAAAGGGCCACAUAAUCACAAUGUUCAGGGAGACUUGAAAAUAGGACGUAAGGUUCUUAUUGUAGUGGAAACUCCGUUUUCCAGAAAUGCCAAAAAUAUUGCAAUUGGUAUGGAGUCUGCAAGAUUUGUUUACAAGAUUGUCGAGGGGAAUAAAAUUCCCACAUUGACGCAUAUGGGAAAGGGAAGAUUUGGCAUUGUUAUCUUUGAGACCAUUAAUUUGUAUAUGACCUUAGACGACUGGAGUAGGCAAUUAAUUGAUAAGUAUUGCUAUGAAUUUAAAGUUGGAAUGAUAUUUUUUAUGAAACCGCAAAAUGACAAUGGCGUUUCAAUGGAAAAGUUUCCAGAUUUUAGUCUCACUGUACACUACAAUGUGGGUAUAAAAGAAUACAAACUGAAUCCAGAUUCCCGUGUAUGGAGAAUCACCAAGCCAGGUGAGAUUGUCAGCGAAACGUUUCCUGAAGGUGAAUGGGCUGUCUUCCAUUUCAACCACUCAACCUUCGAGCCUCUAGCCUCGGCCAUUCAAAUCGCCUCAUUCUAUGAUGACUAUGAGCCAUCAGCUGCAAAUAGCAACAAGACUGUCUACCCUGCAAUUCUAGAUAAAGGCGAAAAUGAUGGUAUUCGACGUGUGUUUUUCGGGCAGGAUUUCUCAUUUUGGCUUCAUUCCCUGAUGCUUCUUGACAGUAUUUCCUACCUGUCGUAUGGUAUGAUCAGUCUGUCCCUGGAAAGAUACAUUCAGAUUGACAUUGAUGAUAUUUUUGUGGCAGCAAUUGGAACAAGAAUGAAAGCUGAUGAUGUUGUGGCCCUGGUGGAGUCGCAGUCACGUCUACAAGAGUCCGUGGAGGGGUUCCACUUCAUGCUGGGAUUUUCUGGCUGGUACUAUCAACACGGUAACGAGGAGGAGAAUCUAGGAGACAGAACACUCCUAGAGUACAAGGACCAUUUCCACUGGUUCCCCCACAUGUGGCGUCAUGAACAGCCCCACAAGUUUUCCCAGGAUGAACUCCUCAACAACAUGAACCUAAACUAUCAAUUUGCCAAGGAAAAUGGUAUCUCAGUAAUGGACCAGUAUGCGGUGGCUCCCCACCAUUCCGGUGUGUUUCCAGUGCAUGACCCGGUGUAUACCGCCUGGAAGACGGUGUGGGACAUAAAGGUCACAAGCACUGAGGAAUACCCCCGGCUCCAUCCCGCCUGGGGACGUAAGGGCUUUGUGCACAGGGGAAUCAUGGUUCUCCCCCGGCAGACAUGUGGCCUGUUCACGCACACAUACCUGCUGGACUCGUACCCUGGUGGUCCCGGCAGACUGGAGAAGAGUAUUCAUGGUGGAGAACUCUUCAAAACUUUUCUUUACAAUCCGCUAAACAUCUACAUGACCCACCUGUCCAACUACGGUAACGACCGGCUGGCCCUGUACACGUUCGAGAGUGUGAUCAAGUUUGUACAGUGCUGGACAAACCUGAAACUGAAACAGGGGACGCCCAUGGACCACGCCAUCAAGUAUUUCGAUAUGUUUCCGGAGGAACAGAUGCCUCAAUGGAGGAAUCCUUGUGACAGUGAGAAACACAUGGAGAUCUGGUCAGCCAACAAGACAUGUGACCGAUUUCCAAAAUUCCUUGUUGUUGGGCCGCAGAAAACAGGCACUACAGCCCUGUACACAUUCCUGUCCAUGCAUCCCUGGAUCCGCAGUAACUUCCCAAGCAAGGAAUCUUUCGAGGAGGUUCAGUUCUUCAAUGGCAAUAACUAUUUCAAUGGCAUUGACUGGUACCUUGAGUAUUUCCCCCACCCGCAAGACAAACACGAGUACCUGUUUGAGAAGAGUGCAGCAUACUUUGACAACAUCCUCGUACCAAAACGUGUACACAACCUUUUGCCUAACUCCAAGAUCAUCUGCAUAUUAAUAAGCCCAGCCAAACGAGCUUACUCCUGGUAUCAGCAUAUGAGAGCCCACAACGAUCCAGUGGCUGUGAACUACACGUUCAAUGAAGUAGUGUCUGCCUCUGACUCUGCACCGCGGGAGGUGAAGGCAUUAAGAAACCGUUGUCUGCUACCUGGGGAGUAUGCACAUCAUCUUGAGAGAUGGCUAGACCAUUUUUCGUAUAGACAGAUCCAUAUAAUAGAUGGGGAACAGCUCAAGGAUAAUCCUAUUGGUGUGAUGGACGAGGUACAGAAGUUCCUCGGUAUAGAGAAAUAUCUCAACUACACUUCCAUUGUCAGAUACGAUUCAAAGAAGGGAUUCUACUGUCAGGUUCUGUCAGACAACAAGAAUAAAUGUCUGGGACGGAGCAAAGGGAGGCAAUAUAAUCCUAUGGAUGAGGAGUCGGAAGACUUUCUGAAAAAGUAUUAUCAUAAACACAACACAGCUCUGGUUCAACUGUUAGGGAAGCUGAAAAUACGAGAGCCAGCUUGGCUUAAGGAUUACACUAAUACUGCGAGAUGAUAUGGAUAUAAGCCUAGCUUACCAUAUGAUAAGCCUAGCCUGCCAUUUUCAGAUUCUGUCAAGAUAGAGAAGAUUCACACACUGCUCUAAUUUUUACAUAUACCCUAACUAUACGUACAAGUAAAAUUGCAGUUAGUUGUAAAAGUUUUUUGUGAGAUCCCUCUAUCCAAGUGAACUGAUAGAGUUAUUAACCCUGCAUAUCACAACCACUCUAUUAUGUGGCAUAGACUCGCAGGACUUCAAGGUUGAGAUUCAGCUUAAACUCUUGGGCAUGCAACUUAUUCACUCGAGUUGCCUAAUGAAUGAGCCCUGUAAUAAGUAUUACCACAAACACUACAAUCCUGGCCAAGCUUUGGUUUUAUUUUCAAAGUGCAAGCUGGGCUUAAGUAAAAAACAAAAAGUGUUAAUAGAUGAUUUUGACAUGGAGUUAAAAUCUGCCAGUUUUGCAUAAAUAAUAAUUUUGUCUUUUUUUGUGUGCUGUAAUAUUAGUUCUGGACCAUAAUUGAUUUGUGGGCCAUUCCCAUAGGAUAGAGUUAGGCAGAUUUCUAUUCUAAAAGACUGCUUGUCUAGACCAAAGUCUUCAGUUUUACAGUUCAGUUAAGCAAAUUUGUGAUUUAUUUAUUAUAAUCUUGCAUGACUAUUUAAAAUGAAACAUAGAUGGAACAGGUAUUGAGCUUUAUGAUCUACCAUUUUGAGAUUAUUUAAAAAAAUUGUGCUGAGUUGAUGGGAGGUUGAACGCCUCAAGUUGUUUGAAACAGUUUGGAAGGUAGAAGAAUGAAGAAAUAUGCUAUGUAGCCGAUUUUGUGUACAAAGAUUACAUCGAUUGCAAAAUUGUCAAUGUAAGGAUCUUGAAGUGCAAGCUGGAAACAUGUUUCAUUUAAGGAUCUUGAAGUGCAAGCUGGAAACAUGUUUCAUUUAAGGAUCUUGAAUUGUAAGCUGGAAACAUGUUUCAUUUAAGGAUCUUGAAGUUUAAGCUGGAAACAUGUUUCAUUUAAGGAUCUUGAAGUUUAAGCUGGAAACAUUUUUCAUUUAAGGAUCUUGAAGUGCAAGCUGGAAAUGUGUUACAAUUAAGGAUCUUGAAGUUUAAGCUGGAUCUUGAAGUUUAAGCUGGAAACAUGUUUCAUUUAAGGAUCUUGAAUUGUAUGUUGGAAAUGUGUUACAAUUAAGGAUCUUGAAUUGUAAGCUGGAAAAUGUGUUACAAUUAAGGAUCUUGAAGUUUAAGCUGGAAACAUGUUUCAUUUAAGGAUAUUGAAGUGCAAGCUGGAAACAUGUUACAUUUAAGGAUCUAGAAGUUUAAGCUGGAAACAUGUUUCAUUUAAGGAUCUUGAAUUGUAAGCUGGAAAUGUGUUACAAUAAAGGAUCUUGAAGUGUAAGCAGGAAACAUGUUAAAAGUAAUGAUCUUGAAGUUUAAGUUGGAAACAUGUUUCAAUUAAGGAUCUUGAAGUGUAAGCUGGAAAUAUGUUUCAAGUAAAUAUAAGCAGGAAACAAGUGAAAAGUUAGGAUCUUGAAAUAUACAUUGGAAACAUGUUUCAAGUAAGGAUUUUGAAGUGUAAGCUGGAAAUAUGUUAAGCAUAAGGAUCUUGAAGUUAAAGCUUAAACAUGUUGCACAUAAGGUUCUUGAAGUGUAAGCCGGAAAUAUGUUAAGAGUAAGGAUCAUGAAGUGAAAGCUGGUAAAAUGUAACAAGAAAGGAUCUUGAAGUGUAAGCUUAAAGUAUAUUAUGAUUAAGGAUCUUGAAAUGUAAGCUGGAAACAUGUUACAAGUAAGGAUCUUGAAGUGUAAGCAGAAAGCAUUUUGCAAAGUUAGGAUCAUGAAGUAUUAGCUGGAAAGACAUGUCAGGAAUUUGAAAAACAAACUAUAAAUGUUUUAAACUUGAAUUAUUGUGAUUGAUGAGUUUGAAAAAAAUAUGGCAAUAAGAAAAAAUGUUUUCCUGAAUGGUAAUAAUUGUGUAUACUGGAAAAAUAGCUUAUAAAAAAAGUAAUGAUAUGCAAAUAUUAUUUGGAAUUAAAACUAACAGUAAUUAUUUCACUCGUGGCUGAGCCAGUCAGUAAAUAAACCUCUUGGUGCUAAAUCAGUGAAAUAUAUAUUGAUCUUAUACUGAAACAGUUAUACUCUAUAUCUUUCAUUUUUCAAUAGAAUAUUCAAUAAGUAGUGGGCACUUUAGUUGUUAUAUCAUAUAACUUAUAUGGUGUAUUUGAUACAUUGGUGCUAAGAUCACUUUUUGUUGUCAGAUAAACACUAUUCACGAGGACGUAAAUCAAACAGCCAUUUUGAAAUACAACUCUCUGUUACAAGGAAGCAAAACUUAAUGAAAACAUAUCAAUUUCCUUAUAAUAUUUAUUAAGAUAAAAAUGGCAAAAUAUUGCAAAAUCUGAGCAAUAUUUGCAAAACAAAUUGUUUUUUCUUUUGUUUCACUUUAUAAUAAAUGAUAAAAUUCAGGAUUAAUUCUGUAAUCAGAAAUGAUAGCUUUCAAUUUCAGACUCUUACUUUUGUUAAAAAAAUUUUUGAUAAAUUUUGCAUUCAAAUAAGUAAGAAAUACUUUGAAAUGUAUACAAAUGGUUUGGAAACCAUUAUAACAGGGUUGUGAGCCCCUUAAGCAUGUUUUGAAUCUGAAUCCCUUUACUUAACUUAAUUUUAAGGCUUUUCAGGAUUGGGAUGCUUGUUCUGUUAGCAUCCUAGGGUCUGUAUUCACAAUCGUCUGGAGUCUAAUCAAGUUCUAGACACAUGCUCAGAAAAUUCUUAAACGUUCAAAAUGUCUAUCUUAUAACUUAUUUUGACAAAAGAUGUGUGCCUGGUUGUAGAGCAACAUAUGUGUGAAACAUACAUCAGUUUUUUACCAUCUUUGCUCCUGUAAAAGCAUUUUUACAACAAAAUUAAAAUUUAGCUUUUCUGAGCCUGAGUUUGAAAUUCAGACUCAGGAGAUUAGUGAAUAAGGGCUUUGUUCUUGACAUCAGCAUUUGCAUUGAUAUUGGAGUCAUAUGAUUAUCUGUUUCUUUGUAUGUUAACUUAGGGUUUAGCCAGAGUUUAAAAUGAGCAGGAUGGUAAGGAUGAAAAUUUAAUAUCAUUAAAGGAAAAGUCAAAGCUUCGAAGUUGUUAACAUUAUUAUUCUGCCAAUGGUUAAAAAGUCAUAUUGGUUUGGGCUGUGAAGAAUUUAAAUAUGGUUAAUUUGACAAAGACAUGUUAGAAAUGUGUUAGCUUUCAGCUGCCAGAUAUAAUACAUUUGCUCUUUUAAUUUGACUUUUACAGUAUUUGGUUAUCUACAGGAUUAAUUUCUAAGAAGGUGAAAGGGUGCUCAUGUUGGUCUCCAUGAGGGCAGAAGGGUACUUCCCAAAAAGAGCAGGGAACAGCAUUCUCCUAUAACUCUUUAUCUAAAACCAAAAAAGUAUAAAUACAUAUACUGCAGUGUGUAUGAAUGUAAAAUGUCUCUUACCUGUUUUGCAUUUUUCUGUUACCAAUGAAGUUAUUUUUCCUUGGUAACAAACUGUAUCCUGUAUAUUUUAUUUCUAUUUUAAGUUGUUGUUGUUGUUUUUCUUUGUGCUGGACAAUGUAAUAUCACAAGUUAUGUUUUGUAAUGAGAUUUUUAUCCAGCAUUUCCUGUAUGGUAAUUACAAAUCUGCAGGCCAGACAUAAAAUAUAUUUUUUUUGUAAAAGGAGCAUAUUAAAAGCAUUGACGUUGUUGGCAUUUGUUUGUGGCUGAGAACAAAACAGUCUUGAACAAUUUAAAUAUUGUCAGCAAAAAAAUUAGUAGAAAAUUUAAUUAUUCAGAUUUUUUACAUAAUGUAAUAAGCCCGGAUCGGUUUUAUUUAAUAUACAAUCAUGUACAUUGAAAUACUAAUUAUACCCCCACAAACAAAGUUUGAGGGGGUAUAUAGGAGUGAGCUUGUCGGUCGGUCGGUCGGUCAGUCUGUCGGUCGGUCUGUCGGUUUUGAUGGUUUCCUGACGAUAACUCAUGAAAGGCUAGACAGAUUUGAACAAUUUUUGGUACACAGGUGUAACAUCAGAAGAUACAGGUCAAGUUUGAUAUUGGGGCUGGUGGGGCCAAGGUCAAGGUCACUGUUACUAAAAAUAGAAAAACGGUUUCGGAUGAUAACUCAUGAAAGGCUAGUUUUUCUUGUCAGCAGUGUAAGUUCUAAAUUACUCAACAGAUUUAAAUAAAACAAUACAUGCAUGAUAAAAGAAGAUGCAGUGUGCAGUAACCUUGGAGUUAUGGCCUCUUUUCAGAGGAAUGGUUUGCCAUUCCUGUGUCCAGGCGGCAUUUGGGGGUAUUCGUCACUCCUGUGACAGCUCUAGUUAUGCUUAAUAUUUCAAUUUAUUAGCUCCUAUUUUAUUAGAAAAAGGGUCUGGGAGCUUUAUCCAAUAUAAUUCUUAUCCUUAGACACGCUUCAGUGAUUCCAUUCAAUCCACUGGCCAGUAAAUUUUACCGUCCAAUAAAAACACUUGGAUUCUAUUCCUAAAAUUAGUGAAAUCACAUUGAAUAAAGACUUCACUAUAUUGAUGAAUGCACCAUAUGGAACAAAAAAUAUAGAUUUGUAAACAUUAACAUUUGUAUUUUGGUAUAGAAUGAUUUUGAUAGUCUUAGUUGGUGCUUUCAUAAAAUUGACCUGAACUCUAAUGGAUAAAAUCCAUUUUUAUUUUUUUGCAGUCUGGUUCUUUGUAUGAAAUAUUAUAUAGCUAAUAUACCAUAUCCAACAAAUGUUUGUAAAUAUGUUAAAACACUAAUCAUAGCCAUGAUACAUGUAUUUACUGAUAUUAUUUAGAAUACCAGCUUGGAUACCAGCUCUUCCACCUGGUUAUGAAUAGUUCACUAUUUUCUAUUGUUGUAUACAAAUUUGAGCUUUUGUUUAUUUACUAUUCCAAGAAUAGAAUGUCAAAUUCUAAGAAUAGAAUGUCAAAUUCUAAGAAUAGAAUGUCAAAAUUCUGAGCUAAAGAACACAAAGUAAUGUUUUUGUUACUAUUCUUAGAUUAGAAUGUCAUCAAAUCCGAGUUUUAGAACACAAAGUUAUGUUUUGGUAUUAUUCUAAGAUAAGAUGUCAGCAAAUUUGGCUAAAUAACACAAAGUAAUGUUUUUCUACUAUUCUAAAAUUAGAAUGUCAAAAAUCUGAGCUAAAUAAUACAACGUGAUGUUUUGUUACUAUUCUUAGAUUAGAAUGUCAAAAAUCUAUCUGAUAGAACACAAAGUAAUGUUUUUGUUACUAUUCUUAGAUAAGAAUGUCAACAAAUCCGAGUUUUAGAACACAAAGUUAUGUUUUGUUAAUAUUCAAAGCUAAAGGGCACAAAGAAACUAUUAUGUAACCAUGCAAGAUCUUUUAGACUAUUAGAAUUACCUUGUUGUCUAACUUGAAAGUCAGGGCCCAUGUUUAUAAAUGGUUCAUUAAAUGUUUAUGCUCAUGUUAUAAGGUUGUAUACAAAGAUUGGAUUAAAUGUUGUUGACCUAUGGACUCAUUAAUGUUAUGAACAAAUUCUGACUUCUAUGAAGUCUUAAAGGGGCUAGACACCAGAUGAUACAAUUGCAAGAAAACAAGAAAAUUGUCAAAAACUUAACAUGAAAAUAAAUCUUUCUUAUGCAUGCAUCUUUCGCAGUUAAUGUAAAUUUUUCUAAUUUACUAGGGUUGUAAAUCCCAAUUUAAGUUUAAAAAUAGUGUUGGUAUAUUUAUCUGUACUAAUAAACCAAUAUGAUUUAAACGGAUGAUGGAAAUGAUUAUGUGAUUUUUUAAACUAAGAAACACAGAUGAGACAGCAACAUGAUUGUUGCGUUUAUAAUUUUUACCAUGUAAAGUGAUGUAUUAUUGGCCUCCUACUAGCUUGCAUUGACAAUUCUAGGCUUAUUUCGAGGAAAUAAUGUAUUUGCCAAUUUUUGGACCAUCUGGUGUCUAGGCCCUUUUAAUACAUGUACAGUGGAGAGUGAAAUACCAAUGUCUUUCAGUGUUUUACAGAUCUGUGUACAUGUAGCUUUUACUCCAUCAUCGGGAACCGCGAUACUUUAUUCGUUAUACUUUAGAAAUACUGUGGGACAAUUGACUGACAAAAUCUUGUUUUGAUGAUAUGCAUGGGGCAGGGGAGACAACUUUUCUUUCUAUGAACUCGUAUGUCACUAUCAAAUAUACUUCAAUAACCCAGUAUUGUCAGUAACCACGAUGGCUGAGUGGUCUUGACUGCUGAAUUUUUUUUUAUUGUACUGAGGCGGAUUUGGUUAAAUUGCAGCAAUUGCUAGAAUAAUUUCCAAUGAGAAGCAUCUGGUACCUUGCGGAACCGAUGAAACUGCCUUAUUAAUCAUUCAUUAUUACAAGAUUUUCGUAGCCAAACCUCCCACAGUACACAACAAAUCAUAGUGCAAUGAUGUAUCGGGGUAUCUGCUGAUGCUUUUACUCAUCCCGCAUUUGAUUUAUUUUUUGUCUUUAAUGCAAAAUGAUAGAUAUUUUUAAGCUUUCACGAUAUAAAUACUUGUUCACAACUGUUGUCAAAACCUUAUUUUUUCCUUUCUUAUGCCCUCACUUUGUGGGGGCUAUUUGUACAUUUUCCCAUGAUUGCCGUGCACAUACUUCAUAACUAUUCAGCCCAUCCCUUCACUUAAAUUAAGUACCUUUUAUUACACUUAGAUUACACUUUAAUAGAUUUUUGGGCAUCUGUUUAUUUUGAAAGAAAGUUGAGGUAGUGACUCUCGUAGCAUUGGUGUCAUUGUUGUUGGUGUCGUUGUUGUUGGUGUCAUUUUGCUUCCUAAUUUUUUUUAUCUUAUUUACAGAUGGAAAUAAAUAUGAUAUUACAAUACAAGUAUUGUAAAUGGGCUUAGUUCAAUGUAUUGUUUAAAAAUUACAAAAAAACAUUUUGUCUAACCAAGAUGGCGCUAAUGUUUAAAGAAGCACUCUUAACUCCAAAUAAGGUGUUCCACAAUUAAUAUUGAAAUAAAGGUGCAGAAAACACGGUAUUUCUACCAUAUGAGUUGAUAGUAGAUCACAGUUAUUCUUUUAGCACUCACCAAUCAUUUAAUAUUUUUGCAUGUUCAGCUAUUAAAUACACGGUUACAAUCUCGAUAUCACUAAUUAAUAUUUUCCAUUAAUGCAUUAUUUAGUAAGUAGUUAAAGGUUUAUCAUUAUAAGUUUAUGUUUAUUAUACAUGUGUAUGUAUUGAUUUUAAAUACGAGUGUCACUUUAAUAACGUAAAGGCGACCUGUUUCACUAUCACAAAAAUAUUUUGUCAUUUCCCAAACUCAAGCUGAAUUCAUUUUUUUCACUGAACAUUUCAGAAUCGUACGAUUCAAAAUUAUUAAGAUUUAACUCUUUAGAAACGCAUUCUCUUAUUUAUUAUGUUGAUUAACAUCAUUGCUCAUAUAUUCUAUACAAGAAAACUCAUUCUACAUAUGGGAUCUCAAGUGUUCCAGCCAGGAUUUGUCAGAAAAAGCACUUAUAAUGCGCAUUGAAUGAGCUUUAAUAUAAGACUCUUGCAAGGGCCAAUAUUCAAUUAUUAUUGUGAAUGUAUUAAAACUACUAAUAGUAUGUUAUGAUACCUUAGCUUUGAUCUUAACUUAUGUGUCAAAAUUAUGUACUUUUAUCAUGUUUAUACAUGUACUUAUUUCUGAAAAUUGUCGCUGUCAAACAAAACGGCACAGCCGGUUGUUGUAAAUAGGCAGCAGGGUGCUGGAAAAGGGCGCCCCACGCUGCUUUUUAAGCAGGAGCACAGGAAAAAUUUUGAAAUCAUGAUUGAGAGCUUUUAACUUCAUGCUAUUGUACAGUUGUGAAGUUUCCGUUUUUUGUACGGACAUUUGCAUCAAAAACAGUAAAAAAUGAAGUACUUUGAAAUAAAUAUAAAUGACAUUGGAAAUAAUUUUAAUAAGGGUCUCAGUCCCUUUAACCUGUCUUGGGCAUAAAUCACUCGUAAUCAAACAGACCCCCAGCUAUUUAUCAGGAUUGUCAAUUAUCAGCUCUUAGAACCCCUUUUCACAGCAAAAAAGUAAUUGAGAAGAACUCAGUAGUAGAGAAAAAAAUUCUCUUGGGACAAAGUGUUAGUAUUUUCGUGUUUUCGGGGCCAGGAGAAAUUUUACGAACCCAGGGACAUCUACAAAAUAUUGAUUAUGGCAUGGAUUAUCACUUUUAAUCAGAAGUGCUUUAAUUGCCUCAUUUUACCACAUGCAUAUUUGAUAAAAUAAAUUCUAAUAUUUAUGUCAUAUUCUUAAAUGUAUUUUUCUUCAGAUGAAAUAAAAUGAAAUAUUACA